AUGCAUGAACACCUCGGUCUGCAGCUUAAUGGGCCAUCAAAUGCCCCUCCAACACCACCAUCCACCCAGAACACUGUUCCCUCUGGGCCGAGUUCCUCUACUCAACCGCCCACCGCAGGAUCGUCAUCAAUGGAUGCCAACAAUCAAGGGGCCCCGAGAGCUACUCCUUCUCAACCCCUCCAAGCUGCAAUGCAGCAGCCAGUACCACAAUCCCGCCAACAUCCGGUUCAGCAGCAAGCCACGACUGUCACGCUUCCAGCAGGGCCCAAUGCUCCACAUGCCCAAAACCCUCCCCCCGCCCAGCCUGCUGAUGAAAUCGCUGCGCUGAGGGCGAGGAUUGCCGAGCUUGAAUGCGGGAGUGCUCACGGCAACCAAUCACCGGCCAGAGCCACGAUUCCUCAUCAAGCUUUGGUAGCAGAUCCCACUGCUGUCAAUCACAUUCGCACAAAUUUAGCUAGUGCCAAAGACGAGCCUAAGAAGCUCACUUUGCCUGCUCUUCAACCUGGGCACAAAGUCAGCGCCCUAAGCUUAUCCAUUCCUACGAAGGUAGAGGAAGUUUUCAAGCUUGACCGCUAUGUGCCAUAUAUGGCACUCACACAUGCGGCACGCUCUAGAGCCUACCUUCAUGGAGAAGACUUGUCCUUUAUUUUUACUCAGGACGGGCUUACUGCCAAAGGCCUUGAUCGCUCAAUGAAAGCUGCUGAAGAAAGGACUUUGCACUACUGGGGUGCAGAUAGAGCAUCUGCCCUGACAUCACAUCAUCUUGUUGUCCUCAAUAUUGGCCGAACACACGGCUGGAAUUGGCCCAUACGAACCACAAGCACAACCUCACAGGACUCGGUAUAG